AUGACUGUGAAGAUGCCAAUGUCUCGUGUCCAAAUUAAAACGCUCUCCGUUUACUGUGAGAGUGAGGAGGUUCAAGGUGUAAGAGUACUGCACCGUAUUUUUUGGAGCUUCUAUCCAUGUAUUGUUACAUUCAGACACUGCAAGCCACUGGUGCAGGUUGAUGGCACGCACCUAUACGAUAAAUAUAAAGGUGAAUUUCUUGUUGCAGUUGCACAAGAUGGGAACCUAAACAUUGUGCCCAUUGUAUUUGCGAUAGUCGAGGGUGAGAUGGCAGAUGCGUGGGAGUUUUUCCUGACUAAUUUGCGGAGAUAUGUUAUUACCAUUGAUGGCGUGGGCAUUAUUUCUGACCGUCAUACCUCUAUCAACGCUGUAGUAGCUCGCAGCUAUUCUAGGACGGAACAGGAGUACAACAAAAACUACCAGAGGGUUAAAGAGCGGGGUGAGGCAUAUACUCAAUGGUGCGAUGACAUCGGUGUUGAGAGAUGGGUGUUGGCAUUCGACGGAGGUUAUCGUUGGGGACAUAUGACGACAAACUUGGUAAAGUGCAUAAAUUCUGUCAUGAAGGGUUCAUGCAACCUUCCUGUGACUGCCAUUAUUAGGUCUACUUUCUAUCGACUGAUGAAUUGUUUGAAGGGUUCAUGCAACCUUCCUGUGACUGCCAUUAUUAGGUCUACUUUCUAUCGGCUGAAUGAAUUGUUUAGAGCGCAGAGCGCCGAGGCUCAUGAGCGUGUCCGCAACGGAUUCACGUAUUCAGAAUUUUCAACGAAGAGAGUUGAAGAAAGCUCUCGAUGUGCAGGAAACAUUGUGGUCAACCGGUUCGACAAGCGGAAUGAGAUGUUUGAGGUUUGCGAAAUGCAAGAUGGUUCUGUUUACACUGUUAACCUUGUGCGACGACACUGCGACUAUGGCCGUUUCCAGGUCGAGCGACUCCCAUGUCGCCACGUUCUUGCAUGUUGCGUUAACCAGCGUCUUGAUUGGCAAGUAUAUGUGCACGACAUGUACAAGAUGUCUGAAAUUUGCAAGGUGUACAGAUGCAAGUUUGUUCCGAUGGGUGACCCAUCUACGUGGGAUAAAUAUGAAGGAGUGAAGGUAAUCGCCAACUGGACAUUGAGGCGCAUGACAAAAGAAAGACCAAAGUCAACCCGCGACAUUGAGUGGUUAAGCUUUUCAAUGUAA